CGAAUCGUAAAGAAAAGGAAGACGCGCGUUCUGUCCCCUCCCGCCUUUCGAGGUUCUUGCGCUGCUCCAUCUACAACCAUCGAGUCACGCCAAUCGUGAUGGCCUCGGGAAGUGCACCAGAAGCCACCUUCCACGAUAAGUCGACAGUUGAGUCCCAGAACCAGCCACAGACUCAACCACAUGAGCAGGUGCAGAAUCAACAGCAGUCUCAAACCCAGGAUGCGUCGCAGUCUCAGUCACAAGAUCAGCCACAUGAUCAUCAGCAGCAGCAGGCGCAGCAGCAGGCAGAGCCACAUUCGCAGCCGAUAGCUGAGCCGCAGGAUCCGCAGCAGUCCGCGCCAGAGGUUCAGCCGCAAGAAGAAAAGUCCCAGGCCCCGCCACAGAAUCAGCAUCAGGAUCAGCAGAAGGAUCAGCCGCAGGCUCAGCUACAAGCUUCUGCUGCGCCCACGCCGGUCGUCAAAGAGAAAACGUUCGGCGUAGUCCUUGUCCAGAUUUUCGGCAUUGCUGUAGCAAGCGCACUGUUCUUUGUCAUUGUUGUGCUCGUAUUGAAACACCGCAAGCUCGCAGUGGCUUCAGGAUCCCGCCGCACUCUGUGUGCCAGCACGGCGUGCGACCGACUCGCGGGGGCACUCAUCUCCAGUCUGCAGCCGGAGUCGGACCCCUGCGACGACUUCCACGCAUUCGUGUGCGGACGGUUCACCGGUAUGCAUUCUACCGGCACCGUCUUCAGCGACAUGGAGGCCGAACUGUGGAGGCUCGUCAAAGACAAGGUCGUGACAGGCGUUGACCUGACCUUUGAUUCUGUGACAACCACGACCCCGCCCGCGGAUCAUUCCACCCUGCACAAGAUUCGGGCUCUGUUGGCUUCCUGCCUCCGGCCUCCCGUCAACGACUCCACUGCUCCACUGAAGGCCUUCGUCGACAGCCAGGGGCUCGGAUUUUCCGGGAACGUCUCAGCGACCGGCGGCUUGAUGACCAUGCUGCGGCUCUCGUACCUGUACGACGUGCAGUCUGUCCUCACUGCACACUUACUCGCCGUGAAGUCUCAGCCUCGCGGUUUGUUGCUGAGAGCAUCGGUCAACGAGCGCUACGUGUUGUGGCUGGCCGGGAGGCCCGAGAACGUCUCCUUCAGCUACCGCGUGUUGCUGGACGUCUACGGCAAGGUGGAGAAUGCGGACCAAGUCGUCCAGCGAAUAAGUGACACCGAAAACGUCGUGCACCGCCUAGCGGAUGCCGCGAUCAAACAGAAGACAGCGGCGCUCGAACUGAUUCUGGAAGAGAAGGAUGUCCGCUACUACGGCAAUGGCGCCGUGAGGGUGCUCCUGUCCAGCCUGCGGUCGUCGCUGACCUCCGAGACGCUCCACCUGCUGGUCUCGUGGGACGCGGUGCGCACCAUGGCGCCCCUCGUUUCCCCGGCCACUGUGCCCGCAGAGGGAGGCACACGCUUCACCCGCUGCUGGAGACUCAUCCAGCGCAGCCUCGGGGUUCCUGCUGUGACCGCGUACCUGCUCGACAAGCUGGCUCCCAACACGACGGAAGAGAUUCUCAAGAUGACCAAAGCGUUGCGCGCCACGUACAACGCUCUCUUCAGCAACGAGGCCUUCAUUUGGCACUCCGUGCCAAAGUCCGUCCUCUCCGAGUUCCAGGAGCUACAAGCGACACCGCUGUUCUUUGCUGCUUCGGGUGUUCGAUCGAAGGAACAACUAGACGCCUUCUACGAAGCUUAUCCUUACGCUCGCGAAGACGACAGCUUCCUCGACACGUGGCUCAAGGUCUGCCACCUGGCCGACGAAACGCAGAGGAAUGCAAGUGGGCUCGACCUCGGCGCCCUGUUGACGCCCAACGCACUCACUCUCGCCGCCUCCACGUCGAACAAGAUACUGCUGACGGCUCCUGCCCUGCUGCUUCCGCUGUUCUCCAGAGACGGCCUGGUUUCGACCAACUUCGGCGGCCUCGGACACGUUCUAGCACAUAGCAUGCUCCGCAAGCUCCAUAACGGACUGGUGAGCGCCAGCAAGAAUAGCACAUCGCUCCUGGAACGCUACAAGGCGCACCUGGAGUGUGUCCAGCACUCACAGGUCAACGAGCCCUUGUCCUCGGAUCCAGACGCUGACGGCGUCGCCAACGCAGAUUGGACGACAGGAAUCGGCGGCGUCGCUGAUCUCGUGGGCCUGCACGUCGCCUACGAGACGUUUUCCCAGCGAAUGCAGCACCGUACUUUGCCGUACACUAACAUGACCGAAAAGCAGGCCUUUUUCUCCGCGUCCUGCUUCAAGUUCUGUAGCAUGGCGGCGGCGGCGGGAAGGAAGUCCGCGACGCAGACUAGUGGACCAGUUGUGGCUAGUGGGGCGUUCGCUGCAUCUCGCGAACGGUGCAACGCACCUUUGAGGAACAUGAAGGCAUUCGCGGACGCCUUUAAAUGCAAGCCAUUGUCGCCGAUGAAUCCGGCCAGAAAGUGCACGUUCUGGUGACCGUGGCACAUACCACUCGUAUCACGGUGCACUAGGACAGUGUGUUGGCUGCAGAACUAACACGGGAUGUUUGGCAAGAAAUAAACUAAGGGGUAUAUCGUACG